AUGGCUCUCAAGAGAAUUAACAAGGAACUCACUGACCUCGGCCGUGACCCGCCCUCUUCCUGCUCUGCUGGUCCUUCGGGAGAUGAUCUGUUCCACUGGCAAGCUACCAUCAUGGGUCCUGGUGACUCUCCAUACUCGGGAGGUGUUUUCUUCCUGAACAUCCACUUCCCCACCGACUACCCGUUCAAGCCCCCGAAGGUCAACUUUACCACCCGGAUCUACCACCCCAACAUCAACUCGAAUGGCAGCAUCUGCCUGGACAUCCUCAGGGACCAGUGGAGUCCUGCUCUCACAAUCUCCAAGGUCCUGCUGUCGAUCUGCUCGAUGCUCACAGACCCCAACCCGGACGACCCGUUGGUCCCGGAAAUCGCCCACGUGUACAAGACGGACCGUCCCCGGUACGAGGCGACCGCGCGUGAAUGGACUCGCAAAUAUGCCAUCUGA